UAUCAAAGGUCAAAGUAACCGUGCAGACAGAAGAUAGCAGUGAAACUAACUAAUAUUUUAGUUUACGUUAGCGGUUAGCAGCUGUUAGAGUCAAAGUAAUAAUAUACAAGUUAGAAAACACUGAAAUAGUUUGUUAUUGGCUUAACGGAUCGCUAGAAAUCGAAGAAAUGGUACGUUUUUCAAUAACCAGGAGUUCGUCUUUGUUUCGAAUCACAAAUUUCUAUGUACAUCAGAGAAAUGUUUACGGCGCAGAAAAGUCGUUACUUGCUUGGAAAUUACAUAACGUUUUGAGUCAACGAUCUCGAUUUUUUCACGAAGACAAAGAAAAGCCGGCACACAUAGUACAACAUGGAAAUGUGCCUUUGACCGAUGAGCCCGUAGGAAAGUUAAUGGAGAGAGCAGCAGAAGAGUGGCCCGAUCGAGAAUGCGUGAUAUCGCUACAUCAAAAUGUACGACUGACAUUUUCGGACGUCAUUCGACGUGCUGAUCGUUUAGCUGCCGGUUUAAUGAAACUGGGCAUGAAGCGCGGCGAUCGUCUUGGAAUAUGGGGUCCUAAUGACGUUGAAUGGUUAAUUACCUUCGUAUGCGCUAGCAGAGCGGAUUUCAUUCUUGUUGCGAUCAAUCCUAACUUUCAACUGGAUGAACUCAUCUACUGUAUACAAAAGGUCGGAGUAAAGGCUGUGAUAUCACCUGACAAUUUUAAAACACAAGAUUAUUCACGCAUGCUACUUGAAGCCCGGCAAAUAUGCUUCACUUUGGAACAUAUAAUUAUCUAUUCGAAGGAUCACGUGACUGGGACUCGUCGUUUUAACGACAUAGAACAGCUCGCAUCCAGGAUCGAGGUUGAGCGAAUUGCGGCAGAACAGGAUCAAAUAUCUUGUUAUAAUGGUAGUAACAUACAAUUCACCUCGGGAACCACUGGCAAACCAAAAGCCACUUUACUGUCACAUCAUUGUUUGAUGAACAAUUCGAAACAGGCUGUCAUAAGAGCAGAGUUCAUCAUUGAACAAAAAGUUUGCCUAAACGUUCCGUUUUUUCACGCCUUUGGCAUUAUUAAAGGAUUAAUGUGCAUGCUUCACGCUGGUCUCACGCUUGUAUUACCAGCUCCUUUAUUUAAUCCUGUAAAAUCGUUAGAGGCAAUAGUACGAGAGAAGUGCAAUGUCGUUUACGGUACUCCGACGAUGUGGAUUAAUUUAUUGGAUGUUCAUCAACGACUUCAACCGCCGCCAAUAACUUUAGUGUAUGGUGUCACCGGUGGUGCUCCCGCGUCGCCGCAACUUUUCAAAGCAAUAAGGGAAUGCUUCAACUUUGACAAUAUCAAGACGAUAUACGGGCUCACAGAGACGACGGCGAUUGUCUUUCAAUCAUUGCCCAACGAAAGCAUCGAAUUAACGAAUAAUACAGUUGGUCAUUUGGCCAAUCAUGUUGAAGCUAUGAUUGUCGAUGAGAAUGGGAACACUGUACCAUUCGGUACUCCCGGAGAACUCUGGAUUCGAGGGUACUGCAAUAUGAUGAAGUACUGGAACGACGAAGAUGCGACGAAGAAGACCAUUACCAAAGAUGGAUGGUUGAAGACCGGUGAUCAAUUUGUCUUAAGAUCGGAUGGUUAUGGACAAAUAGAGAUCGAGGACGUAUUACUGACACACCCCCUAGUGGUUGAGGCACAUGUUAUAAGCGCCUACGAUAAAGUUUACGGAGAGGAAGUGUGCGCAUGCGUGCGUCUUCGAAAAGGCGCAAGUAUGAAAAAGGAGGAAUUGAGAGAAUACUGCAAGAGUCGUGUAGCUCGUUUUAAAAUACCUCGUUAUGUAGAGUUCGUAACAGAAUAUCCGAAAACAGCUAGCGGAAAAGUACAAAAAUAUAAAUUGAAGCAAGAAAUGGAACGAAAUGGAAGAAUUCCCACCAAAUCAAACUAG